CUGGUGCAGUUGAUAUGGAGGUCUUGGAGAAAAUUAUGAAUGGUAUACAUUGGAAGAUGGCCUAAAGAUCUCUAAAGACACUGGAAAGCCAUUAAUGCUUAUCAUCCACAAGUCUUGGUGUGGAGCAUGUAAAGCAUUUAAGCCCAAGUUUGCCGAAUCUAGUGAAGCAUUACAACUAAGCAAGAAUUUUGUUAUGGUUAACACUAUAGAUGAUGAAGAACCAAAGGAAGACAAGUAUGCACCUGAUGGAGGAUACAUUCCACGCAUUCUCUUUCUUGACUCCCAAGAAGAAGUACAACAAAGUAUCUACAACAAGAAAGGCAAUCCAACAUAUAAGUUUUACUACUAUGAUGAUAAAACUGUUGUUGACUCAAUGAAAGAGGCACUUGAAGAGUUGGGAUCACAAACUGUAAAACCAUUCGAGACGUUGGAAUCACAAACUGUACAACCAGUUGAGGUGUUGGAAAUGCAAACUGUUAAACCAGUUGAGGUGUUGGAAACGCAAACUGUAAAAGCCGACGAACUUUAAAUGCCUGUUAAUAACAUAGGAAAUGCUCUCUAGUAGUAAGAAAAAGUGAUGCAAUGAUUUUUGUUUUUCUAAGUGUUAAUUGAUUUUAAUUGAUUAUAUAAUUCAUUAUGGAUAUUUCGUGUACAAAGCAUUACUUUACUAAUGUUAUAUUAGGCUAAAAAAUAUCUUUCACUAAAUGCUAUCAGACA